AUGAUUGCUUCUUUGAUUUCUAUCUCUGUCAGUUGCUUCUUUAAUCUUUGUCUGGUCUCUGGUGUCGCCCGUUCUUUGAUUUUCUAUGCUGGUGUUGCUGAUGGUAUUGCUUCUGGUGUUGCUGCUGGUGUUGCUGCUGAUGUUGCUGAUGGUGUUGCUGAUGGUGUUGCUGCUGCUAGUCUGGUCUCCUUUGGUCUACUAUUUGUGGUGUAUGCUCCUUCUCUGGUAUUUCUCCGGUGGCUUCGUAUUCUCAGGUCUAUUUGUGGCUGUGGUAAGUGGUAA